UCAGCAAGUCGUCAGUGAGACUGGGCUGAUUUCAGGGACUUCCACGCGCGUAAUGACGCUUUUACUGCCUCCUCGCGAUUUUAGGACUAAAAUGAUGCGAGGACUGCACGUGCAUUUGAUGUGAAUUUUACACCAGCUCUCCAUCUCUAUAGACACCAUGGAGAACCACGACCUGCAUUCACUCUGCGCAUCUCCAAAGAGCGAAAACUUUCAAGAGGUGUCUGCGCGUUUUCAAAGAACUUCUAACUUCUCUAACCACUCUUAGGACAUGCUGCGUUUUAUUGAAGUCGCUUAUAACUGAGAGACGUUUUCUAGUAACAAUUAGACAUGCAGAGUCGUGGUGUGGUGAGAAGUUGGGCCGGUGUGUCCGCGGUGCGCUCCUGCUUGCUAUUGCUCUUCAUCCACAUGAGCGCACCGUUGGAGGCGCGGAGAGUCCACGGCGGCCGGGCGCAAAGUCGGCGGGUGCAGCAGCAGCAGCAGCCUCCGGUGCAGAGGGAGCGGGUGGAAGGAACAGAGAGUUUCCCGUUAGACUUUACAGCCGUGGAGGGCAACAUGGACAACUUCAUGGUGCAGAUAAAGAACUUGGCGCAGUCACUGUACCCGUGCUCUGCGCAGAAGCUGGACCAGGACAUGAAGUUGCACUUUUUGAAGAAUGUUUCAGUGACUUGUAAUGAUGGGUCAGCAGCAGGGUACUACAUCAAGGAGUCUAAAGGCAGCAAGAGGUGGCUGCUGUUCUUAGAAGGUGGAUGGUACUGCUUCAACAGACAGACCUGUGACAGCAGGUAUGAGACGAUGAGGAGACUGAUGAGCUCCACCAAGUGGCCACAAACCAGAACAGGAACAGGAAUCCUGUCUCCUCAGCCGGAGGAAAACCCUCACUGGUGGAACGCCAACAUGGUCUUUAUCCCGUACUGCUCCAGUGAUGUGUGGAGCGGAGCCUCACCGAAGACAGAUCACAGUGACUAUGCGUUCAUGGGAUCUCUUAUCAUUAAGGAGGUGGUGAAUGAGCUGCUGACUAAAGGACUGGAAAACGCCAAGGUUCUGCUCUUGGCAGGAAGCAGUGCUGGCGGUACAGGUGUCCUGCUGAAUGUGGACCAGGUUGCAGAGCAGCUGGCAUCGCAGGGCCACGGAGGAGUGCAGGUCAGAGGCCUGGCUGAUUCUGGAUGGUUCCUGGACAACAAACAGUACAAAUUCACAGACUGCCUAGACACCAUCAGCUGUGCCCCCACCGAGGCCAUAAAAAGAGGCAUCAGGUACUGGGGCGGUUUGGUGCCAGAGAGCUGCAGACAGGCUCAUGUUGGAGAGGAGUGGAACUGUUUCUUUGGAUAUAAAGUCUUCCCAACGUUAAAAAGGCCGGUGUUCGUGGUGCAGUGGCUGUUUGAUGAGGCUCAGCUGACGGUCGACAACAUCCACCUGACCGGACAGCCUGUCCACGAGGGCCAGUGGAGGUACAUUCAGAACCUGGGACAGGAGCUGAGGAGCACGCUGCAUGAUGUACCGGCGAUGUUCGCUCCGGCCUGUCUGUCACAUGAACUCAUUACUAGAACCUACUGGAUGGACAUUCAGGUGAAAGGCACGUCCCUCCCCCGAGCCCUCCACUGCUGGGACCGCAGCCUCCAAGACAACCACCAAAUCAACAGCAGCAACCACAAUCAGCAAAAGCCCCGGGGCUGCCCUCUGCAUUUGAUUGACAGCUGCCCGUGGCCUCACUGUAACCCCUCUUGCCCGACUAUUCGGGACCAGCUGACGGGGCAGGAGAUGAGCGUGAUCCAGUUCCUUAAGCACAUGGGCUUCGACGUGCAGAAGAUGGCCCAGCAGCAGGGGAUGGACCCCAGGAAGCUACUGGGCAUGCUCAAUAACGGCAGCUGAGUUGCUGUUUGUUAAAAGCGCAGCAAUGUUAUUCUGGCGUCUGUAAACCGUUCUGCGAAGAUAAGAACGUCAAUGGAAGACAACGGGAACAUAAAAAAAGAACUCUUAAAGAGAAAACUGUCAAUAUUUCCAAACAUUGUCUUCCAUCAACAACAAACAAGACUUUUGAAAAACUGAAAAACUCAAAGUGCCUGAUGGGUCAAUUACAAUCCAACCAGAAUGUUUGAGCUGUUUAAAGACAACACAUGGGAUCACUUGUUUUAACAUAUAGACAGAUAUAUACUGUAGACGUGCUAUUAUUGUGAGGUGUACACAAAUACAAUGAGAGCUGGGUACAGUGUGAGAGUGUAUAUAUAACGUACCGUACAAUAUGUGUGAGUUGAGACAGUCAUGGCGGUCAUCUUAAUAGAUUUGAUGGGAAAGCGCUGGAUUGGAAACACCUCCCAGUUAGUUUUGUGGGGACUCGGUGCUCUCUUCUGUCAACUCCAACUAUCACAUUCAGAUAUCUAUCUACGGUGCUGCUGUUUCUACCAUCCACCAAAUAUGCUGCUUUUUCUCAUUUUGGAAAAUAAUAAUUUAAUGGUUAAUAUUUACUAAUAAAGGUACAAAGAUUGAGAUUAUUAUGUUGUUCUUCAGGGUACUUAAAAGUGUUUGUAUAUUUAUUUUUCUACAGGAAAUGUCUUUACGCUUAGCUACAGUGCCCAUACAUUUUACUUUUUUAUUUGCAUGUUAGUAAAAAAAAAAAAUGCUAUACUAUAAGUAACUUUAAGUACUAUGUGUUAAGUCUGUAAUAUUUUUUGUGUACCUUAUGUAAACACUAAUCAAUACAAAUACAUGUUGAUGUGAUAAAAACAUAAUUUAAUGACUACAGUAUGACAGUUAUCACCCUAAAAGGAGAAACUUGAUAUAAAAUGGAAUCCAGUUACAUACUCACACCCACAACAUCCAACAUUUACCUACAACAUACACACUGAUAAAAUUAUUUUAAAAAACAUUAAAAGCAUUUAAGAAACAUUGUAGACUACAUACAGUUUUUUUUGCACCGGAAUUAAGAAUAAAAACGAUUUCUUCACAGUUGAUAUGAAAGUGCUUUUACGAGGGAUGACUGAAAUCCGUGUGAACUGAUCUAUGUCA